AUCCGCGACAAAUCGCGAUCGAUCGGCGCGCACGCACGGACCUUCGCCAAGCAUCGCGCGUGCGAUCGGCUGAUCUGACAGCGCCCGCCAUUAAAUCGAAAUCGACACGCGCCGGGGCGGCCUUUUCGGCGCGGCGACACGGCCGAGAUACGGACAAGUUUCGAACGGCGGGCUGCCGCGCACUUUGAAACCGCUGGCACGUGGCCCUAAUUGCGCCGUCACGCUCGAGCUCGGAAACGCUUCAAUUAACAUUUCCCGAGACAAAUUACGCAUAAACGUGCCGCGCUUCUACGUAUCUCGCGCGUCGCCAGAAAUAAUUGUCCUUUAACAACCUGGAGUGUUUGUUAAAUCGAUAGGAGCAUUUUCUCUUUUCCCUCCUCCGCGCUUUCGCGGGUCGGUGGAGACUUUCUUCCCCGAAUAACGAAGAAUGCGCUACUUUCUUUUCUUUUUCCGAAAUGCGAGGGGAUUUGCGAGGAACAGCACGCGCGAGCACGCGUUCCGCGAGCGCUCGAGUCGUCUCCGAGUUUUCUCCCGCGCACGGUGUUUAUAUUAUAAAUAUAAUAUUUCGCUGGAGUACACGUCGAAAAUAGAGUGAUACAAGCGUGUUCGUCGCGACGCGGCGGCGGUACGUCUCUUUCUCUCGGGACUCUCAUCUCGCGACGGCGACGCAUCUUCGCUUAUUUCGCGUCAUCCACCGGCGUAGAGUCCGCGAAUUGGCUCGUGCGAAGUGCCUUCUCAUAUUUUGAGUUUCUACAAUCCCGAGCCCCGCUAAUAUUAAGUUUCUGGCUGAUAUUCCGAGGUCCCAGCACUGAAUAAUCACGUCGCGUGAAAUUAAACCGCGACUCCGGUUACGCGCGCGCGCACUCGUUUCUCUCGAACUGGUGCGUUCACGAUGUGACGAACCAUUUUGUUGCUUUUUUCACGUUGGCAAUUUUUCUUCUUAUUUACCGCAAUAUACCGAGUCCCGCGACAUAUUAUCUCGACGACAUGUGAGAAUGUAACGCGACGGAGAGGCUGGGAAUUUCGCGCGCGCGCGCGCGCCAGAGAUAGAAAGAGAGAGAGAGAGAGAGAGAGAGAGAGAGAGAGAGAGAGAGAGAGAGAGAGAGAGAGAGAAAGAGAAGAAACUCAAACGUGAAGAGAGAACAAUUCGCGCGCAUACGUGACGCUGCUCCAACCUUAAAUCACCUUCCCUCGCAGCGUGAGAGGAAGAGGAAAAAGGCGCGCCGAGAGCGAGGAAAAAUGUUAGGUGUGGACGCGGAGCAGCAGGGCGCGAACAACGGCGUGAUAGUGUCGCAGCUCGCGAAUUCGCACGCGCCGCAGGACUUCACGGUCUCGCGCCUGCUGUCCACGCCGACGCACUCCUUGGAUUGUAGCGAGACCACCUCUGCUGCUGGCAACAGACGACCCAGGAGAAGCAGAACGACCUUCUCGGCGCAACAGUUGGCCGCGUUGGAGAGAGUGUUCGAGAAGACGCAUUAUCCUGACGCCUUCGUUCGCGAGGAGCUUGCGACUAGAGUGUCCUUAACGGAAGCCAGAGUACAGGUGUGGUUCCAGAACAGACGAGCAAAGUUCCGGCGAAACGAGAGGAGUUCGGCCCUGAGUCGCGGCGUCUCCACCGGCAGGGAGAUGGAGACCGCGUUGCCGUUGCGUCCCAUCAGGCUGUCGCACUCGCAGCACGCGGAGAGCAACGCGGCGGAGCAGCCGUCUCAGCCUCCUCCGCAGCCGCAGUCGCAGCCACCGCCGCCGACGAACGCGGCAACGACGGCCGGCUUAACGACGCAAUACCCUUACGGCGAUUAUUGGAGGGCGGCGGCGGCGGCGACGACGACGCAGCACUAUGCGGUACAAAGCGCGACCAGCGGCUGUCACGGCUUUGCCAACGGCGGCUUGGCAAACGUGAGCCUGCCGCCGCCGUACCAUCACCAUCACCAUCAUCAUCAUCAGGCCGAUCAUAUCCAUGGUUCGCCGCUCGACGGGCCCGCCGUGAACAGCCUGAGCGCCCUGAGACUGCGGACGCAUCCUUACGGCGCGACCUACCCACCGAUGCACGCGAGCAUGUGAUGUAUCGUUAUCCUUGACAGAGUCCUCGAGAGAAUCCUUGGGAGUCCUCUCGAGAGGAGAACACGGCGCGACCAAGAAUACCUGGACCAUCGAGGAAAUCCGACGGAAGUUGCGUUGUUUUGAACUGCUGCAGCCCUCAGAGGCUUUAUUGGGAGACUCGCACGCCGUCCUACAGAGGUAUUUAUGGAUGUUUUAUCCUCGAUUUUGAGACCAAAGAUAAGUUUGUGCGGUUGUAAAUUCGCGCGUGUAUCAUCGAUAGUCCAAUAAACGAUCCCGUCGAGGAUCCAAGUCGAUCGCGAUGUGCCAUACAGCGCGCAUCGAAACGUGCAUUGAGGUGUGCGAGGCGAUAAUUCGAACGACUGACUAUCGCUGUCGAUGUGAACGUAAAACACAAACGCCCAAACGUUGAUCGUAUGUGCCUUGAUGGAUGAUCAUUAUUAUUAAGUGUAAGUUCUGAACGCACACAGGGUAACGAGUAAGUAAUUCGUAGCGCUUCCCUUCUCGCCGAUCCGCCGGCAUAAAAUGACGACGUCUUGAAUCACGAGAGAGAAAGUGUAUCGGAAGAACAUCGUAUUAAUUAAGUUAACGCAGUAUACAUAGGAAGCGUUAUUCUACAAAGUUGCGGCCUUACACAUACACAAAUGUAUACAUGUAGCGUGUAUAGAUAUAACGGUAAUAGAUAAUGAUAGUGCAAUAUAUUAUAAAAAAACAUCGAAGUCAGAGAACGUUCACGAGGACGUUUUGUCUCUUGAUACAUGUAAUAGGAAAAGUACAACGUACAGAUAUACGUAACAAAUACUUGUAUAUAGAUAUAUGUACACAUAUCGAAAUAUUGGCACAGGAUUAGAAUAUAGUCAGUUUGCGUACACAUUGGUUGCAAUCGCAUCUCGUCUCUUUCGUAAAUUCUGAGGCCCGUAGUAAUUACUUGAAACGUCUCUCAAAUGAGAUAUUUAGAUUUGAAUUCAGAGAAACAGUUUCGCUGUUGAAUCGCGAUUACAAUUAUAUAAAUGUCACACAUAUAUAUAUCAUGAUUCGACUGAAAAACUUGGACCCAACUCUGAGUAAAAAUCUGAGUAUCUCACAUGAAACAAGUUUUAGGCGAUAAUUGUUAAUACAGGCCCGAGACGCGUUACUCUCAAUCCUCAGCAGGUACCACAAGACAUCUUGGACACCAUGACGUAUACACGUUAUUUAAAUUAUUGUUAAAAUUUUAAAAAAUCUUACACACGAAGUGAUAUGAUUAAAAUGCUCCCUUAAAGAUA